UCACACGUCAUCCGCUAGGUUAUGUUGUGCUGUCAAUCAGUCUUUUACACUAACAUUUUUCAUAUCGUUGUUUUGUAUCGUGGCAAAAUUGUCUUUAACUCUAAUCAAAAUACAAAAUUGCUGUUGAUCGCUAUCUGUUUCGAAAUGAAUUUUGUGUAAAAUUUCUUAUCACUUCAUUCCAUACAAUCGUCGAAUAUUGUCGGAAAAUAAUAGCAACAUUCAACAAUGGGCAUAAACAUCAGUCGCAAUACGGAAUUACAAAAUAAUGAAUUUCUGCAGAAGUUUGUGGGCAGGGAUCAUAUUCCGGCCGAUAAAAGUGAUUUCUGGAAUAGUUUCCUUCAAUACCAUAUUGGCUUGCCCGAUAGCAGCCAAGAGCAACUAAGUUUAGACUCACGAUUAGAAACACUGUGUCAAAGUUUUAUCAGUCACAAUUUGCAGUCCGGAAAUUUCGGGUCGUUGGUGACAGUGUUUUUGCAUAAGGUUGCUGAACUACUAGAACUAUCGGAUCAAGAAAGUUCCAUUCAUGUCUGGCAAACAUUCAAUGCUCUCUUCAUCAUACGAUGCCUGAUUAAGUACAUGAUCGAGACUGGUUCCGAAUAUCAACUACUGCAACAUUUUGAAGCAAUACCGGUGAAUCCGAGCGGUCGUGCCGACGAAUCGUCGGUUGAGAUUGAUGUCUUGGAACCGAAACCGAUUGUUGUCGCUGUGGACGGAUCAAAAUUUGAAGCCUUUUUCGAUGCGAUUGUUAAUUUGAUAAUUAUAAUUCCAGUGAAAGAAUUCACAUAUCACCUACAUCUGGAAGCUGUGAAUUUGGUCAUUGUACUGUUUUCGUUGCACUUGUUCUCACAACAGCCGACUGAUAAAUCAUUGAUUUUCAAAACAAUUUACAAAAACAAUCAUGCGAACGCACUGAUGGGUUCAUUGUUACAUUUUGUUAGUAGAAUGGUGGAAGUGCCACAGAAUAUGUUUGGUAUUUCAAGCGGGAGUUCUUUUGUCUUCGGAAUAGCAGAGUCGCUCCUAUCGAUAUUCACGUUUCGAAAGUCACAUCAAGAUUUUCUGAGUUCAGCCGAUUUACCAGCUACUUUUAAACAACACUAUCCGUUAGCCAACCAGAGUUUACUACUGAUAUUAAUACUGACGAAUCAUUGUACGAUGAAAAACAAUGCGUAUCGCACUAGUCUGUUUGGGUGUUCGGAUUCUCAAGAUUCGCCGAAGGAUGGUGCAACAUUUAAAAUUGAUUUCUCAACACUGUACAGUACUUUGUGUCGUAUUGUUACCAUUGAUCAGGCCACACUACUACUGUACUUGUUGCUCCAUCGCAAUCAGAGAUUCUACAAGUACGUAAUGGCUCAACAAAACUUACAGCAAUUGGUUAUACCAAUUCUUCAAACUUUAUACAAUGCACCGGAUAGCACGUCACACCACAUCUACAUGUCUUUGAUAGUAUUACUGAUUCUGAGCGAAGACGAUGGUUUCAACAAAAGCGUUCACCAAAUUCAAUUAUCUUCGCAGAUUCUCAAAAAUAUUCACUGGUACACCGAACGUUCAAUAUCGGAAAUAUCACUCGGCGGUUUGUUAAUUUUAGUGGUGAUCAGGACCAUUCAAUACAACAUGUUAAAAAUGCGCGACAAGUAUUUGCACACCAACUGUUUGGCCGCAUUGGCCAACAUGUCCGGACAAUUUCGAUCUUUGCAUCCGUAUGUUGCACAACGAUUAGUUAGUCUAUUUGAAACAUUAGCCAAAAAGCAUGCCCGUCUGGAUCAGCAAUUAAAGCAGCCAGUAAAUGGAACACCGAUUGUAGAACUAACAGAUUCGUCAAUGAUCCUCAGUGACGAUAUGCUGCAAGAUUUGAGUGUCGUCGAAGAGGUCCUACGAAUGGUUCUAGAAAUUCUAAAUUCAUGUCUUUCAAAUCAAUUGGUAUACUGUCCGAAUCUGGUCUACACUCUUCUCUACAAACGUCAGGUCUUCGAAACGUUCCGCAGUCAUCCAGCUUUUCAGGAUAUUAUUCAAAAUAUUGAUAUGGUCGUCGGCUUUUUCUCUUCACGACUGCAAAGGGUUCAAGACCAGCGUGGGGAGUUGGGAGUGAAUGAAGUUCUCGAGGUGAUUUCGAAAGGGGCGAGCCAGUGGUCCAGUGAUAGGUUAAGGAAAUUCCCAGACCUGAAAUUUAAAUACGUGGAAGAAGAUGCACCCGAAGAAUUUUUUAUACCGUACGUCUGGGCACUGGUGACAAAGUACGGCUGCGUACAUUUUAGUUCUGAAUGUAUGAAGACUGUAACGACAGAGGUGAGCUGUUAAAAUGGUUUAAUGUCCGAAAUGAUGUCAUGCAAACGUGUACGUAAUAGCGCAAACAAAAAUGAAUUUUCUUCCUUAUACUUUCUCCUAAAAAUGUUUACUAAAAAGCAAAAAUAAUUUGGAAAUUCGUGUCUAAUUUAACACUUUCAUUUAAUAUGUUGAAACGAAACGUUUUGUUAGAUCCGUUAAAAUUAAUAUCAAUGAAUGCUUGAAUGCAGGGACAAUGAUUGAUUUGUUGACAAUAUACAUCGGCUAAUGUUUAUGUGAA